ACGACCGUGUGUAUUUUUUAUUUGUUUUUAUAUUUUCAUUUUUCCUUACUUUCCUUUGUAGACUCUCUAUAAUUUUGUAUCUGUUAAUUACCAACUACACUAAGCCGCUGGGAGUCUAUUGUCAAGAAUCCCCUCCCCUCCCCCUCCACAUUUAUCAGCGACGAGAGCUAAAAACAGUUGUGCACUAAUUAAGCUUAUCAUGGAUUUGGAGAAAUUCCAUUAACAAAGAAGAUAGCUACAAACAUAGCAGUUACUUUCAAAUUUGACAAGAAUUCUCAGAAAUCCUAUGGUAAAAGACAGGUGUUGGCUGAAAGAUUGAUAUAUCACAAAGCAACUCAUGAGCCUUGGAUUCCAUAACAAGAAAUUAUUUAUUGUUGCUAUUGUGACGUGUGCAUUAAUGCUCAUCUUUCUUUAUGGGUUCAAUUUCCACUACAAAGGAUUUCAAGUACCAAAACCACCUCCAUACAAGAAAAUGGAAAUCAAGAAUGACAAUAAUAAAACAAUACAGUUUCCAAAUUCUUCCACUAAGGUUAAAAUGCUGCCGAAUGCAAUCAUUAUUGGUGUACGUAAAGGAGGAACAAGAGCAUUAUUAAGAGGCUUGGCUUUACACCCAAAUAUACAUACAGCAACAAAAGAAAUUCACUUCUUUGAUAGAGAUCAGAAUUAUGCCAAAGGGAUAGAAUGGUACAGGAGCAUGAUGCCACAGGUUUCUUCUGCACCUGGACAGAUAGUAAUGGAAAAAUCUCCAUCAUAUUUUGUCACUCCUGGAGUUCCUGAAAGAAUCUAUAAAAUGUCAAGAACAGUCAAACUCCUUGUCAUUGUAAGAAACCCAACAAAACGAGCAAUCUCUGAUUAUACACAAUUAAAAGUUAAAAAUUCCAAAUUACCUUCAUUUGAAAAAUACAUAACCUCAGAUGAGAAUGAAAGUGUACUUGACUCUGAUAAUAGAAUUGUACAAUGUGGCUUAUAUGGCAAUCACCUGAAGAGGUGGCUUCUUUACUUUCCAAUCAGCCAGAUUCAUUUUGUUAGUGGUGAAGCACUUAUAAAUCAUCCAGCUCAAGAACUCAAAAAAGUUGAGAAGUUUUUAAAGCUAAAACCAGGUAUUCAUGAAAAGGACUUUGUGUACAACAAAACAAAGGGAUUUCCAUGUUUUAGAAGAACAUCUUCAAAUGCACACUUGAUUUUCUCAUGUUUGGGUGCAACAAAAGGGCGUGUUCAUCCAAAAGUUCGCCAGGAUAUUAUAGAUGCUUUAAAUGAAUUCUAUGAGCCACACAACAAGCUGCUGUACAGGAUGGUUACUAGAGACUUUCAUUGGAAUAACUAAUCUAUAUUACAACUACCACUUCCAAUAGAAUAUCUAAUAAAUACUAUAGCUAUCACUUCCAAUGGAAUAUUUAAUCAAUACUAUAACUAUCACUUCCAUUGGAAUAACUAAUCAAUACUAUAACUACCACUUCCAUUGGAAUAACUAAUCAAUACUAUAGCUACCACUUCAAUUGGAAUAACUAAUCAAUACUAUAACUACCACUUCCAUUAGAAUAUCUAAUAAGUACUAUAACUACCACUUCCAAUGGAAUAUUUAAUCAAUACUAUAACUACCACUUUCAUUAGAAUAUCUAAUAAGUACUAUAACUACCACUUCCAAUGGAAUAUUUAAUCAAUACUAUAACUACCACUUUCAUUAAAUACUAUAACUAUACUAUUCCUGUUUUCAAUGGGUAUAUUAUAAAUAUGACAAUGCUGAAUUUCUUUACAGGAGGAAAACAUACAGAGCCUUUUCAAUCUGAG